AUGAAUUUGGCCAAGAAUAAAAAGAACAACCUGAUAGAGGAUGAGCUACCAAACGAUUUUGUACUACCUAAGGGGGACAAAGUAAAAGGGGAGAAACUAUUCAAGAAGCACUGUAAGCAAUGUCACUCCAUAGCCCCAGACAACACACAAUCCAAUUCAGGAUUCACAAGUUGGGGUCCCUCUUUAUUUAAUGUUUAUAACAGAACUGCUGGAAUGAGCAAAGGCAAUUCGCCUUUUCAAGUAUCACCUGAUAUGCACGCAUCGGGCAUUAUAUGGAAUGACUUAAAUUUAAUGAAGUACAUGAAGAACCCUAAAGAUUUUGUAGAAGCAAACAUUGGUAUGAACUUUAAAGGAAUUUCAAAUUUUCAAGAUAGGGUUGACAUCGUUCAUUAUUUAAAAACCCUUACGUAUGAUGAUCCACAUGGGAAAGAAAUUGUCGACAAAUUUUCCAAAAAAGAAAAAUAA